AUGUUGUGCGAUGUAUGCCGUGAGGGUCUCAGGGGCAUAUGGGAUCCAGAGAACAGCAAGAGAGUUGGGCUGCUCAAAGAUAUUCCUGAGAUAUUAGAACACCGGUUUCCCGAUGUCGAAGACGACGCGCUUGACGGGUUUUUGGCUCACUUGCAACUAAAAGAUCCAGAGUACUAUGUCUUUGGUCAUCACGCCGAUUAUGAUUCGCUGCGGCGAUCCAAAGAGGAUGGCUGCGUAGCUUGUAAAGAGCUUGAUCAAGACGAAGACGACGUAAAUCCCACUCUCGCAAAGCUAGGAUACUUUUCUGUUUUCUGCGUCGACUUCACUCGGUGUGACUUCGAUCAACUAGCGAUGUACGUUUAUAUAGGUGGAACGAUGGAACAAGUAUUCCACGAAUUGGUUGUCCAUGAUGAGAACGAUUCCGUCAAUUCUAUGUUAUCGACCUCUACUUCAGACGUGAAAACAUGGAGCUUGGUCCAAACCUGGCUUGAAAGAUGUUUAGAGUCCCACAGCCUAUGUCGCAACCAAUCACUGCUAGGAUUCUCGCCAACUCGCCUUCUUGAAAUUGUCACAAUAGAAUCAGAAAAGAUUUUUAGGCUCGUCUCCGGAGGUGAAAUUGAUCCGGCAGAGCGAUAUGUAUCGCUAAGUCACUGCUGGGGUCCUGGGCCAACGAAAGACAAAUUGCUUCUUGUGAGCAGCACGAAUCAAAAGCUACGCGGUGGGUUACCAGUUAAUAGCCUGCCAAAGACAUUCCGCGACGCUUUCGAGAUUGCUCAACGUUUGAAUAUUCGCUAUAUCUGGAUUGACCGGCUCUGUAUCGUACAGGAUUCCGAGGACGACUGGCGGGCAGAAUCAGCGAUAAUGCAGAAAGUGUACAGAAACGGCUUCCUCAACAUCGCUGCGCUUGGUUCAAAGGAUGACGCGGGCGGAUGCUUCUUUGAUCGCAAUCCCGAACGGGUCGGACCUACAAUCAUCAACCUAAGUCCUAAGCAAGAUCCUCCGUCGUACUACAGGUUUAAGGACGAAACGAACACAUGGGCAUCAGAUUUUCAACAGGAAACGCUCAUUAAAAGAGGAUGGGUCCUACAGGAACGGAUGCUCGCGGCUAGAAACCUCUAUUUCGGAAGUAAACAGGUCUUCUGGGAAUGCUGUACAACUAACUGUUGUGAGACAAUCCCGGCCGGGCCCUUGCUUGCAAAUUUGACCCAUAGGGCAUCGGGUCUAGAUGCAACUGACGCGAAACUUGGGAGGUUUACAUGGAAAUGUCUAAUCAACCCAGCCUCGACCUCCAUUAGGAAAGAUAGCUCGCUCCUCGCCAAUCUUCUGACGGAAUGGGCACAAGCUGUCCAGGAGUAUAGCAAAUGCGACCUUACCUACCCAUCCGAUAAGCUAGUUGCUUUGUCUGGGUUAGAAAAUGACAUGAGGGCUAAAUUAAGAAGCCUUAGCUCAGCGUACGACGUAUACUAUGCCGGAAUGUGGGAGAUAAUGAUGCCUGCAAGUUUGUUGUGGAAAGUUGAAGGGGCUAGUAAUAGGCCUUCGGUUCAUCGUGCGCCUUCUUGGUCUUGGGCCUCCGUUGAUGGGCCUCUCAAUCUCCCUGCGGGUGGCACACACUCAAAUUCGACGUGCCACUUGAUUGAACUCCUCGGAGUUGAGAGAAUUUCUAAAAACGACGCAAUAUGCAGGCUUAGGGGGCCUGUCUGCUUCGCGAAGGAUUUGCGCCCCUUAAAACCCCCCCACCUCGUUUGCAAUGUUCACUGCAUCAAUACCCUUUGCUGUCCUAGCACGUGGUUACCUAUCGAGGGUGAACUGAGUUCUAAAUCGUUAAUUAGAUUUGAUGAUUCACGAGAUCUAUAUGAUGAAGUCGUACUUCUGUUGUUCUGGUCACACCCAUAUCCAGAGAUGUCGAUGAUUAUGGCUGCGGGACUAGCACUAGUACCAGUCGCCGGAUCUUACAACUUAUAUCGUCGAGUUGGUUAUGCCGAUAUUUACAUUGAGGUCGACUUGGAAGACCAUGGGUCAUAUGAUUCAAACCCUGUACUAGACAAAUGCCCAAUAAAUACGAUAGAAGUUAUUUAA